CCGCUCGAUGCACUCGGCGCGCGGCUCCCCCCGGCGGCGGGAACGAGCAGAGAGAGCGGAGGGAGCGGGGCUGACCGGGAGUGACCGCAGAGUGACCGCAGGGACCGGGCCCGCCGCCUCCCCACCCCCGGCAGCCACAUGUCCACCGCCAUGAACUUCAGCAGCAAGAGCUUCACGCCGCGGCCGCCGGACAAGGGCGCGUUCCCGCUGGAUCACUUCGGGGAGUGCAGCGCCUUCAAGGAGCGCUUCAUGGAGUGUCUCCGGCAGAGCGGCUACGAGAGCGCGGCGUGCCGGCAGAGCGCCAUGGCCUACCUGGAGUGCCGCAUGGACAGGCAACUGAUGGCUAAUGAACCACUGGAAAAAUUGGGAUUUAAAGACCUGAUAAAUGAGAAAUCAGGAGAAAAACCUGAGAAGUCGUGAUGAAGACAGACAACUUUGCUCCUCAUGAAGGGAAAGCAUGACUCUGAAUGUAGUACAUAUUGUACAUUUUGUUCAUAUUGCAAUAGGAAGUGUUUCCUGAAAGAACCUUUUUUUCCAAAGUUUAAUUGUCCUAAAAUAAGAAUUUUUCUUUCAAUGAACAAAAGUACUGCCUUUGUCUGCUUUGCUCAAGUAUUUCUUAACUUCUUUAUUUUAAUUUCUCUAGAGGCAAAACAGUUACAGCCCAAAGUGUUCUCCCUGUCUCUGUAAGAACAGUGAAGUCUUAUUUUAAGGGGACAAAAACCCAAACCAAACAAUCCUUUAUUGUGUAGGUCUUCAGCUACUGAUUAAUCUUCUGUGGGCAGUACUGAUAUGCUCACAGUAGCUACUUGCCAGAUGGAAAUAAAGCUGUUGUACUUUAAAACUGA